AUGGCAUAUAUUUAUAAUGAAGAGAAAAUUAAUAAUAUUAAAGUAAACUCUAUUUCAAGAGAUGGUUAUGUUGAAAUUGAAAAAUAUAAACUUUUCAUAACUAAUAUAUUACAACCAAAACUUCAAUUACUUAUAAAAGAACGAGAACAAUUAGAUAAAACUUUAUUAGAAUACUUUAAAUUAAAAUCACAUAUUUUACAAAUCCAAAAUGAACAACUUGAUCAAAUAAAAGUAAUGAUUGACAUAGGAUCGAGUUUUUAUGUUCAGUCAAAAAUAACAGAUACAUCUAAAGUUAUUGUAUCUUUAGAUUGUGGUGAAAUUUAUACCGAAAUGACACAUAAUGAAGCUUUGCAAUUUAUUGAUAAAAAAGAAGAUAUUCUUAAAAAAAGGGCAGAAAUGAAAUCAAACUCUAUAAACAAGAUAAGAGCACAUAUUGUUGUAAUGAUGGAGAUUAUAAAAAGAAUUCUUGAAAAGCAAAAAAUAUCGUAA